GUUGGAGCUUCAGUCGGCUUCGCCUGAAGACGGUGGCGUGCGUGGAGAUUGGAACGUCGCGAUCCGCCGUUGUUUUCUACGGACGCGAAUUGAUCGAAAUAGUCAAAGGUAGGUCACCCCGCCACCCCCUUCGUCUCUCCGACCUUCGCGAUCCGCCUCGCCGAUGACUUCCUCCCGGCGCCCCCCCUCCGCCCCUCCGGUGCUGCUCCCGGCGCUGCUGGUGACGCUGCUGGUGGCCUCCAAGGUAGCCCAGGCCUCAGCCAGCGGCCUCCCCGACGGCUGCAACCGCACCAAACCCGACCAAAGCGUCGUCGAAUGCUUCCAACGAUUCUCCGCCAACUCCAAGUUCAACGACAACGACCCCGAUACCCACAUCGAGAUGAUCGUCUUCGUCAACACCAGCCUCGAGCGCAUCGCCGACGGCGCCUUCGACGGCCUCCGGCACCUCCGAACCGUCGAGUUCCAUGCCCAGCCCGCCAACCCGUGGCGCUGCGACUGCGGCAUCUGGUACCUGCGUUCGUGGCUCGCCAAGCAGGCCGACCAGCGGCGGGUGGACCCGCGGCGGGCCGAGAGGUGCGCGGGGCCGCCUCCGCUGGCGGGCCGCGUGGUGUCGCUGCUGUCGAUGGAGGAGGCGCUGCGAGACUGCCUGCCGGCGUGCGCUGGGGCCCUGGCGUCCCACGGCGGCCUCUACCUGUCCGCGGUCGUCCACGGGGCCCUCGUGCUGUCGCUCGUCUACCUGGUGCGCAAGCUGCGGCGGCAGGCGCGGCAGAUUAAGGAACCCACAUACGUGGAGCCCAAAGAUGACAAGGAGAAAGCCUACGAGUUCGAGCAGACCUCGCCGAUUAAGACGAAGGGAGGAGGUGGUGACGGUGACGAUGGCGGCUACGCGCCCGUGGGCCCGCUACGCAAGGAAGAUCAGUACGCGGCGCUCGCACCGGCGGGCAAGGGCAAGGGUGGUGGCGGUGGUGGUGACGCUGGAGGCUACGCGCCCGUGGGCCCGCUACGCGAGGAAGAUCAGUACGCGGCGCUCGCACCGGCGGGCAAGGGCAAAG